GAUCUUCAAAGUCACCCGAUGUGUCUCGAGCACAUGACUUUCUUCCCAUUCAAGAUGAAGACGAUCGGUUUCAUAGUCGCACGUAAAACCAUUGUAGCAACCAACACUGAUCUUGCCUUCUGUCGGUCUUUUUGACGCAGUUUUUCACGGACGUUUCACAUGCGCGUCCUUUAAUCCGAUCGAUCUUGCUUUACGAACCUCUCGUUUCUCUUACAGCGGAGUCCUUAGAGCGUACACCAGGCCAUUGUAA